AUGGCGGCCGUCCGUCCAGAAACGGCAGACCUCGCGUCGCCGAGUAGACACGACGCAAGCUACGACCCAGAGCAUCACGAGCGUCCUGGCACACUCUCGAGCUGUAGCGACGAUGAGCACGACCGCGACCGCGACGCGGCCUCGUCCAGAAAGGUCGGCCGGUCGCUGUCGCGCGCCGCCUCGGCCGUGUCCCGCACGUCGGGCCUCUCCCGCACCGUCUCCGAGGUCCGCGACGGCAUGCUCAACCUGCGCGACCUCGAGAUUGGCGAGGACAGCAAUGGCGGGCCUGGCAGCAAGGAGCGGGACCCGAACCUCGUGACGUGGGACGGGCCCGACGACAAGGAGAAUCCCAAAAACUGGUCUCUGAAUAAGAAGUGGCUAGACGUCCUUCUCGGUGCGUUGAUUCCCUUUCCGUUGUCGCUCUUCACCUUCAUCUCCCCCAUUUCCUCCUCCAUGGUGGCGCCCGGGCUGCCCGCCAUCGGCGCCGAGCUGCACAUCCCCGGCCGCACCGAGCAGGUGCUCGUCAUGUCCAUCUUCGUGGCCGCCUACGCCGUCGGUCCGCUCUUCUGGGGCCCGCUGUCGGAGCUGUACGGGCGCGUGCUCGUGCUGCAGACGUCCAACGUCUGGUUCUUCUGCUUCAACCUCGGCUGCGCCCUCGCGCGCACCGAGGGGCAGAUGAUUGCCUUUCGCUUUCUCGCCGGCCUCGGCGGCUCCGCGCCGCUGGCCAUUGGCGGCGGCAUCCUCGGCGACCUCUUCUCCGCCGAGCAGCGCGGCAAGGCCAUGAGCGUGUACUCGCUCAUGCCGCUGCUCGGGCCCGCCAUCGGGCCCGUCGCCGGCGGCUGGAUCGCCCAGCUGACGUCCUGGCGCUGGGUCUUUUGGAGCACCACCAUUGCCUGCGGCGUCAUCCAGGCCCUCGGCCUCGUCUUCGUGCGCGAGACGUACGCGCCCGUCAUCCUGCACCGCAAGCGCGUCCGCCUCGUCCGUGAGACGGGCAACGCUGACCUGCGCACCGAGUUUGACCACCCGGACCGCACGCUGGCGCAGACACUCGGAACCGCGUUCACGCGGCCGUUUCGACUGCUCGGCACCCAGCUCAUCGUGCAACUCCUCGCCCUCUACAUGACAUAUCUCUACGGCACCAUCUACAUCCUCUUCUCCAGCUUCCCGACCCUCUUCGCCGAGGAGUACCACGAGCGCCCGGGCAUCCAAGGGCUCAACUACAUCUCCAUCGGUCUCGGCUUCUUCAUCGGCACACAGGUCUGCGCCCCGUUGCAGGACCGCGUUUACGCCUACAUGAAGCGCCGGUACGUGCCCGACGGCGGGCCCGGCCGCCCCGAGUUCCGCGUCCCGCUCAUGGUCCCUGGCGCUAUCCUCGUCCCCGUCGGCCUCUUCAUCUACGGCUGGACCGCCGAGUACCGCACCCACUGGAUCGGCCCCAACAUUGGCGCCCUCAUCUUCGCCCUCGGCAGCAUCAUUGGUUUCCAGUGCGUCCAAGGCUACCUCGUCGACACAUACACCCGCUUCGCGGCCAGCGCCGUCGGCGCGGCCACGGUCAUGCGCAGUCUCGCGGGCUUUGGCUUCCCGCUCUUCGCCCCGGAAAUGUACAAGGCCCUGGGUUACGGCAAGGGCGGCACCAUCUUGGCCGUGGCCGCCAUUGUCAUUGGUUGGCCGGCACCUGUGCUGUUGUGGUAUUUUGGUGCCAAGUGGCGUGCUCAGAGCAAGUUUUCUGCUUAA